AUGUCGACAGGCUCCCUUCUGGGCAAAAUCGCCGUCAUCACCGGCGGGUCGAAAGGCAUCGGCGCGGCGACGGCCCAAGCGCUGGUGGCGCUCGGCGCGAAGGUGGUGAUCAACUACAGCCGCGACGGGUCUGCGGCUGAGCACCUGGUGCAGAAGGUGUUGGGCGCGGACAACGCACACGCAGUGCAAGCGGACGCCGGGAGCAUCCAGGGGAUCGAGAGCCUGGUGGCGGCGACGGUGGCCAAGUACGGCAAGAUCGACAUAUUGAUUCCCAACGCGGGAAUCCUGCCGAUGCGCGACGUCGAGAACACCACCGAGGCCGACUUCGACCAGGCCUUCAACCUGAACGUCAAGGGGCCAUUUUUCCUGGUCCAGAAGGCCCUGCCGCACAUGGCGCGCGGGAGCACUGUCGUGCUGAUCUCCACCACGCAGAACCACGCCUCUACGGUCAACGGCCCGUACACGCUGUACUGUGCCACCAAGGGCGCCGUCGAGCAGCUCGUCCGCACCAUGUCCAAGGAUCUGCUGGCCAAGAAGGGAAUCUCCGUCAACGCCGUCGCCCCCGGCCCCACCGGUACCGAGCUAUUCUACCAGGGCAAGAGUGAGCAGCUGUUGAAGAUGAUCGCGAGCUUCAACCCGAACAAUCGCAUCGGUACGCCCGAGGAGGUUGCCGCAGCCAUUGCUUUCCUUUCUGGGGACGGCGCCAAGUGGAUCAGUGGCCAGACCAUUCGGGUCAAUGGAGGUCAGGCAUAA